GACUUCCUGUCACCCAGGGAGCACUUCCUGCCCGGUACGGAAACACAAUUCGCUGCUGCUAGAGGGGCUGGCGCGAGGGGAGCUCCGUUGAUGGAGUGCUGCUUUGGGGCACCCCUGUGACACGCAGGUCAGGCGAGUGUCUCGGAGGAAUCCAUCGCCCCGACAAGCUUGGCCACGAGCUCUGGGAGUCAUUUGCUGUGUCAAGCAUGCAGAGAAGGCCGGUGUGACACGAGGUACUGUUUCCCAGGAUGGACUUCCCCAGCUGUCUCCGCCCCUCACUGUUUAUGACCGGCCCCCUUGGUGUGAGUGAUGUCCCCGACCUGUCCUUUAUGUGCAGCUGGAGAGAUGCCCUGACCCUGCCAGAGUCUCCACCCCAGAACUGCAAGGGUUGUUGUGAGGAGUUCUUUUCACCAUGGUGGUUUUGUUCCCUCCAGAAUGCAGUUCCUCACUUGGCCAAGGCCCUGCUCUGGGAGCCAGCAAUGCCUGGGCCCCUCCCACUGCUGCCUCCCUGUCUCGAUCCCUGGGACCCUGGUGUGACCGCGCAGGACCUCCUUUUCCGAGGCGGUUUUCACUACCGGAGGCAGCCCCAGGUCAUGCUGGACGUCACUGAACAGCUCAGCAGAUUCCUGUGGGAUCACGGGGACAUAGCCUUUGCGCCCCUGGGGAAGAUGAUGCUGGAGAAUUUCAGACUGGAGGGAGGCCGGAACCGCUCCAAGAAGAUGACAGUGGUCAGCGCGAAGAGGCUGCUACAGGACCUUGGCGGACACCAGCCCUGGGGGUGUCCCUGGGCUUAUCUCAGCCACCGACUACGCCGCUUCUCCAUCGUCGGAGGCCCAGUGCUGGGCAAGUCAGUGUCACACCUGCUGGGGGGGCUGCUGCACGAGGAGCUGGCCACACGAUGGGAGCAGCUGCUCCUGGAUGAGGCCUUCACUGGAGGUGCCCUGGCCUGGAUCCCUGGAAGGACCCUGCAGGUUGGACAACUGGUCUACCCAGCUGGUGGCACCCUAGACAGGCUGCGUUUCCAGGAGGUCAGUCUGACUUCAGGCAGUGACCCCCAGGUCCUUGGGGAUCCUGGGUGCAUCCACCUGCAGGGACCUGUGCGGCAGGUGGUGACCAGCACCGUCCAAGGGGAAACACUGCUGGCUGUGCGCUCUGACUACCACUGUGCCGUGUGGAAGAUGGGGAAGCGGCGGCGGCCGGCCCCUCUGCAGGUGCUGCGGGUCGAGAAGGGGGCCACGGGGAUCAGCCUCAGCCCUCACCUCCCCGGGGAGCUGGCCCUCUGCAGCCGUUCUGGAGCCGUCUGUCUGUGGAACCCCCAGGAUGGGCUGCAGCAGGUCUACAAGGACACAGAGACCCUCGUGUUCCGGGACCCUUCUCCCUGGCGUUGGGCAGACUUCACCACCCACCCGCGGGUGCUGACAGUGGGUGACCGCACUGGAGUGAAGAUGAUCGACGCUCAGGGUCCCCCCGGAUGUGGUCUGCUGCUUUUCCGGGCAGGGGCUGAGGCCUCCUGCCAGAAAGGGGAACGUGUGCUGCUCACUCAGUACCUGGGGCCGUCCAGCCCUGAAUCACUGCCCCCCACUCUGCAUCUCAUCUGUACCCAGUUUUCGCUCUACGUGGUGGAUGAACGCCUGCCCCUGGUGCCGAUGCUGAAGUGGAACCACGACCUCCCCUCCCCGGCCCUGCUGGCCCGCCUGCUGCCUCCAGCCAGCCCUGGUGCCCCACAUCCCCUGUUCCUGGGCGGCCUAGGUGGACAGGUGCAGCUGCUGCAUAUCACAGGAAAGGAGGCCUCCGCACCCCAACUGGCAGGGCCUCCCCAGUCUCUACCCUCCCCAGCCGACUCACUCUCCGCGUUUCCCCUCCUGGAGCCCAAGAGCCAGAAACAGCUGCAGGAGCGACUAGAAGCACCAACCAUAGGUCUGGCCUCUGCCUUCCUGCCCUGUGCCUCCACGCCAGCAGUGUGGCUUUUCCAGCUCUCAGCAGCUGGAGACAUCUUCUACCAGCACCUCACCCUCCAAGCAGCCUCCAGCCUCCACCAAGAUUCGGGGCCUCCCAGCGACUCCAGACCCGACUGCCAUGCACCCAGGGCAACAGUGCCUCCUGUGGACCAGAGGCCCAUACCCUCCUGGACUGCCAGGGCCACUGCCUGCUGCAGCCGUUGGCUGGAGGCCCUGCUGCAGGUGCCACCUGCAUCCCCUGUGUGGGCUGCACCCACCUUUUCCCACCGCCGCUUGCUGGGCCGCCUGGAGCCCCGGGAGUUGGAGGAGAAAGUGCCUCAAGUUCUGCGGGAGGCCAUGGCUGGAGGGCGGCUCCUGCAGCAGAGGGACCUGGGCCUUCUCCCCCAAGCAGAGCUGCCCCCCGCCCCCGAGCCAGGCCUGCAGGAUGAGCUCAGUGAGCGUUUGGAGGAGGCCUGGGAGGGCCGGGCAUCUGCAUGGUGGAGGAAACAGCAGGGCAUGGCCUCCGAGCCAGGGAAGCAGGCCAAGCGGCCCAAGCGCCGGACUCAGCUGUCCAGCACCUUCUCUUCGCUCACCAGUUGCUUGGACCUCCCAAAUACCAGCAGCCUCCCUCCCAGCCUAGAGCGGACCCCCUCAGAGGCCAGGGUCCAGCCCCCUGUCACCCCGUACUCCCAGGAGUCAGCUCAGCAGCUGUGGGUUCAGGGUGUCCACUCAGAGAGGCAGCAGACCCUCCGGGACUACAUGGCAGAGCUGCCACUUCCAAAAGGCACCCCCACCCCGGGACAUGUGCCUAUGUCCCCUUCCCGGGCCUCUCGCACCCAAGCCACACCCUCCAGGCUGCCCACCCCUGGCUCUCAGCCCCACCGGAAGAGGCCGCGCAUGGGCUUCUAAGGGUACCCAGAGUUCUCUUCUCGCUGAGCCCCUCCACCAUGGACCAUCAGUGUCUUCCCUGGAAACAACUUCAUGGUGCAGAGCUUCCUGCCUCCUGAACACUGUGGGAACUAUGGGAGACCCAAAAACAAGCAGCUGGAGCCAGGAGCGGAGAUGACAGAACAGCACAAAGCAGCAGUCUGUGUUUUGCAUAUCUGCCUGCAAACAGGUCCAGAAGCCACCAGGGAGAGGGGCUGGCCUGAACCAGAGUUGCCGGUGUUCUUUCCUGGAGACAGCAAGGGCUGUGUGGGAGACAGGGCUCCCUGUGUCUCCCAGCAUCUCCUGGACUUCGGGAAAUUGGGGCAGUGGUACCUGCCCUGCGUCUGACCUGGUGACGCAAGGCCCUGGAGCCACUGCCUGGCGGCACCUCACGGGCUGCAGAGCAGGCUGGCAGCUGCAGCCGUUGGCCAGCUUGUAUCGCAAGUGGUCCUGUCUGUCUGUGGAGGGGGACCCUUGGGCACCUGGCUUACCAAGUGGAAUAAACCUGGCAGCCGAACCUGA